UCUCCUGUAAGAUUCUUGUGUCCUUCCAUUCAAACCCAACACAUCGUUCUCUCCUUCGCCAACCUCCCCUCCAGCCUAAAAACUAUGUGCCGAAAUUGGUCAAAAAUUAGAAAAUUAAGACAGCGGGCGCAGAACGAGAAGAAAAGGAAACUCCCCGCUGCAACGCCCAGCCUUUCCAUCCCCUCCCCACCUCCUUCUCAGCCAAUCCCAAGAACAAAGAAACUAAAAAAUAAAACAAAAAUCGAACCAUAGGCUCCUCUCUCUCUCUCGCCCGCUUCCUCCACCGCCGCCGCCGUCUUUCCAAUGUGGCCGCGGUGGCGCAAGGCCUCUCGCGGCGAAGAACCGACCGCCGCCCCCCUUGCCCGCCCGGCUCACUCCUCCUUCUCCUUCCCCACUCUCAAGGACGUCCAUGCCCUCCUCCGCGAGGAGGACCAUGAGAUCUCUUCCUCCGCCGCUAACAACCCCCGGAGGCCCUCCGUCUUCCACCGCGUCCGUAUCGCCACCGCGGCCCUCCGCACCUGGCGCUCCCUCCGGGACCCGGGCACGGCGCCCCCCGCCGUCGGCGGCGAGGAGAAGCGGAUCGUGCUCUACCACACCAGCCUCCGCGUGAUCCGCAAGACCUUCGAUGACUGCCGUGCCGUCCGGUCCAUCCUCCGGGGUAUCCGCGUGGCCGUCGACGAGCGGGAUCUGGCGAUGGACUCUGGGUUCCUGGCGGAGCUGAAGGGGCUCCUGGGGUGGCAGCGGGGGCAGCAGCUGGGGCUUCCCCAGGUGUUCAUCGGGGGGCGGUACGUCGGCGGGGCAGACGAGAUCCGGCAGCUGAACGAGUCCGGCGAGCUCAAGAGGCUCGUGGAGGGGGUGGCGCCGGCCGCGGCGGGUGGCUGCGAGCGGUGCGGUGGAGUGGCGUUCGUGCUGUGCGGGAGCUGCAGCGGGAGCCGCAAGCGGUACACGGAAAAAGGGGGCGGCGUUUUCCGGAGCUGCCCCGCCUGCAACGAGAACGGGCUCGCCCGGUGCCCCGAUUGCUGCCCUCCCGCCCUCUGAUCCAGAUCGGAGGGCUCUUAUUGCGGUUCCAUGUUUCCAUUUCUAAUUUUUGGAGAGAGAAGAGGAAAGUGGAAGAGGCGGGGUGAGUUUAAUAAGAAAUUAUUAUUAACACAUCAUUUAGUUGGGUAAUUUUUAGUGUUUUUUUGGUUUUAAUUUGGGACCUGUAGUUAUUAUGAAGUGCCGGAUCCCUCCUCCUCCUGUUUGUGUGAAGUGUGAUGCAGUUUAAUUUAGACUAGGAAGAGGGAAAUGAGAAACUUGUGGUGGCACCCAAGGACGAUACUAGAUUAAUGGUAAACUAGUGUUUUAAUUUUCUUUGGGUGGAGAAACUAAUGUUUUAAUUGUGGGUUUGCUCUCUGUGCCUUUUGGUAAUUUACCAAGUUCUUCAUGGUUCUAUAUCCUUUUGGAGAAUAGAAGCUGGGG